GAGUUUAACGCAAAUGCCUAAACCUACCUAUCUCGCGAGAGUUUCGCAAUUUGUGCCCUACCUUUUGCUCUAGACACGACCGGAUUCGCUCCAUGGCGUCGCGCUGUGAUGACGCGCAGGGCAGCGACGCGAGCACAGUGCAACCGCAACUCCUCUCUCCGCGGGUGGAACAAGUUUCGCUCGAGCGACCCGCCGUACCUGCUGCUAGCUAAUGCGAGCUAAUGCUAUCUAAUGCUUCCCGGUAUGUCGGUCGGCUGUGGGAGGAUGUGAGGACCGGGAGAGGACCGUGAGUCUCCGUGUUAUCGCUCUCCUUCAGGGGUUCACUCCUGUUUUAAGAAUUGUUCUGUUUUUUUAAACCGAGGAGCUGCGAGAGAAUACCAACACCCCCACAGACCCACAGACCGCUGACAGACCGACCGCGGGAAAUGUCGUUACUUCCUGUUCAAUGAAGUGUUGGCGCGACAUUCCAGUUGUAAACAACAGGAGAACACACAACAACACGCAAACAAGAACCCUUUAAGGAACUGAGCCGCAGAUAUAUUUGGAAGAAUGGAGAACAUUGACACCAAUGAUGCUUCUGGUCUCCUCUUACCUGAUGUCAAUGAUGAUUCUGUGGAUAUCUAUGAUGGCCUGGAUAUCAGCUUUAGCAGCAAUGCAGAGAAGUCAUCCCCGAAGGCUUCUCGGCUGAAAGAAUCAAUGGAUCUUUAUGAAGAAAUUGUGGCAGAGGAACAGCAGAGCAGAGAGUCGUCAUACUCUGAGUUGAAGUCCAGAUUCCAAGCAGCGCAAAACCAAAUUAAAGAGUUGCGCAGGAGAGUAGAGCAGAUGGAGACGCAGAAUACAGGGUUGAACACGGAGAACUGCCGUCUCAAAAAGAACAUCUGUGCACUUUUACAAACGGCUAGACAGGAGGUGACACGAAAAGAUGCUGAGAUUCAGAGGUUGAACCAACAGUCAGACAAAGGUCACCAUCAUCACCAGUCUCACAUUAAUAACCUGCGGGAUCAAAAAUCCUCCAGUUGGCGCUCCGUGACUAGGCCGCCUCCUCCACCACCCUCCAGUCUUCUGCCACCUCCUCCACCACCCUCCAGUCUUCUUCUGCCUCCUCCUCCACCGUUCAAUCUUCUGCCGCCUCCUCCUCCACCCUCCAGUCUUCUGCCACCUCCUCCACCACCAUCCAGUCUUCUGCCGCCUCCUCCUCCACCCUCCAGUCUUCUGCCGCCUCCUCCACCACCCUUCAGUCGUCUGCCACCGCCUCCUCCACCCUCCAGUCUUCUGCCGCCUCCUCCACCACCCUCCAGUCUUCUGCCGCCUCCUCCUCCACCCUCAAGUCCUCUGCCGCCUCCUCCAUCAUCCAGUCCUCCUCCCCCUCUUCCACCUGCACCAGCUUGUCCUCCCAGGGAGGAUCAUCUUCCAAGCAAUCCUCCUCAACCCUCCAGGAAAGAAAGUAAUCAGCCCAGUGGAUCCAGCAGAAAAUUCAGCAGCAGUUCAUCAACCCAACAUAGUGAGUCAGGCAAACACAAGUCCAAGCACAGAGAGGAAAAAUGUCCAGGUCAAAAACAACAACAACUAUCUGAAUCAACAGAUAGGAGACAUAGAAGUGGUUCAGAUCCCAAUAAGGACUGUCCUGCCACUGACAAAAACAGGUCUCACAAAGCAGACAAAGACACAGGACGAAGACAUGACUCCAGAUCAUGUAAAAGCAGGAACAGAUCAGACAGGUCUAAAAGCCCUCCACCAGAGAGUGCAGUUUCCUCUGAUGACAAGAAAGGGAGAAGUCGAGAACGGAGACAAGAUGCAGCCAAAAUGUGCACAUCAGACACCGAACACAGUGCAGCUCACAGCUCUAAAGAGGGCUACAAUCGAGAUCAUAGAAAAAUCAAGACUAGUGACGGACAUGUCAGAAGUUCAGACUCAAAGGACCAGAAAAAGUCCUCUUCAAAUCAACGCGCUGAGCGCUGCAGCAGUGAGUUCUCCAAAGAGAGGGGAGGGGAUAGACUGUCAAAGGAUUGUCAAAGGAAGGAGGAUAGACGACGUGAAGAUAAAAUCAGCAGAAAGCAUAAGAGGAGCACUCUAUCAGAGACGAGCAGAGAACGUGAGAAACAGAGAUCAAAAGAAGAAGAUAAAGUGGAUGUCAGGAGUAAGGAAAGACAAGAAAAGACAAAUGAGGCCUUAAAAACAUCAUCCCAAGAACCAAAUAUCACUGAGAAAAGCUCUAUGGAAGAAAAUAGUCCCAACAGGAAACUUUGUUUUAUGGAAACAUUGAAUCUAACCCUUUCACCAAUUAAGAAGCCAGUGUUAGCCGUCAGUGUCAGCCAGGGUGACCUCUCACCGGUGGACAACGUCGUUGAAGACGGAUCAGAUGAUGAAAGUUCACAGCCUAACAUUGAGGACAUGUGUGUGAUUGAUGAAGUAGACAGCAGUGAAUUAGAAGAUGUUGCUGUACAAUCUUCAGAUACCCCCAAAACUCCAAGUUCAGAAAAGACACAUAAGAGGUGUGAUGAUGCGAAACAGGUCAAUGAAAAGGACAAAAACCGGAGUGAUACUCCUGCAGCUGACAAGCAACUUGAAGACAAUUCAGUCCAAACUACCUCAUCUUAUAGCCAGCACCCAGAUACUACAGAGAAUCAGAUGACUGUGCAUCUGACACCAACAUCACCACAGAUCAGUUCUCUAGGAGCAACAGAUAUUUCAAGAAAUCAUGAGGAGAAGCUGGCCUCAGACAGCCAGCUAGAUGAUUGUGUACCUCUGGAGGCGACAGAUGGUGACACUGACACGUCUGGAAGCAUUUAUAACCAACACACAGGCAAUUCUUCUCAAAAAGUAAAUCCUGGAAACAGUACUGAUCAAUCUGUUGCUGUUACAGACCCUGCUGUGCUUUAUCCGAGUGUAGAACUGAAGUGUACAACUGCAGUACAGAAAAGCCCCCCUGUUGACGCAGUCAAAGAAGAUGCAGCUGUUUCACUCUCAAGGAAAAAUCCUGUAGCUGAAGAUGUUCCUGACAAGGCCGACUGCCAAAGGAAGCAAAUUUCCCCCACUGUUCUACCUCAGGAAUGUCCGCAAGGACCACGUCCUUCUGCUUCCAUUUCCAUUCACAAGAAGCAAGAUGGUCCAAAAGAUGCAGAUACUGUAUCCAGUACAAUAAGCCUCGAAUCACUUCCACAAGAAGGGCUAAGUCUACCUGAGGCUAUUUAUGUUUUAACACAGCCAAAUGAAGACAGCAAUGACAGCAGUAGCAUCGCAACUGAGCCAAGCUCUUCCACCGGCUGUAUCGCCGUGUCCAAAGUCAGCAGUACGACAGAAGAGACGGCACUGCCUGAGAAGUACAGCGACCUCACUUUCACCCCAAAGAAGAGCUUCACUCCUGGAAAGAGCCAUGUAAAUAACAUUGAGCCUUCCAGUUCUGUUCCAUUACUCCAUGAUGAGGACUCCAUGAUGCACACACUGAACAAUCUGAGGAGAAUCCCCGAUGCCAUAAGCCCUCUGAGGAGCCCGAUACGGAUAACCAAGAGAAGUCACCUCCAUGUUCACGGCAAGCCAGGUCAUGUCAAGAGCCUUCAAAAAGAUUUCUCCAGCACAGCUGUUGAUGUCAACACAAAGAUGUUGGAUGUAAACAAGGAAAACAAAUAUCCGGGUUCUCCUGCAAACCAUGACACACUAAACGUGGUGGAUAAAGUGUCGGACCUGCCUUCAAGUCUCUCUGACACUGAACUGGAGGAUGGGGAAAUUAUAAGUGAAAGUGAUGAAAUGGCUGCAGGUUCUCCUGCUCCUGCUACCAAGAGGGCGAAGUUAGCACAACCGGUCAAACACAAACCAAGUCCUAAGUCUUUGUUAAAGAAGCAAUCUGAAGGAAGGUGUGUUGCAUCAAAAGAAACAGCAGGUGUAUCAACACGAAGUCCAAAGAGUCGUUUUAAAACGGUUUGUCCUGCAGCAACCAAAGCUUCUUUUUCCACCAUAGAGGAAGUGAUGGAGACAUUCAAGAUGGUUCGCGCUGAGAUCCGAAAAAAGUACAUGAAGCUUCAUAAAACUUUUCCCAAGAAAAGCUUCUAUGGUGUGAUGGACAAUUUCCAGGAGUCUUUCUUAGAAUUUGUGGAUGGUGCUCAUUUUGGUCAAAUAUGCAGUCAGGCAGGGGAGCUGAAAUCCAAGCUGAAGAAACUGAUUGCAUCGGUGUUUAGCAAAGUAUCAAAUAAUGGUAUUGUGAAACGCAUCUUUGAACAGCAAGCAGUCGACCUGAAGCAAAGGUUGUGGGACUUUGUAGAUGUCCAAGUUGACUACUUGUUCAAGGACAUUUACACAACACUGAAUAGCCUUUGCAAACCAGCAAGAAGUCAGGCUGAAAACAAAAGGCCCAGUGGAAAUGAGAAAGUAUCUAGACAGCCUCCUGCAAAGAAGCCACCGUGUCAACAAAUGGAAGCACAGUCGGCUCCGACCAGCAUGAAUCGAAUCAGGCCUUGUGCUGUGGCGCCUUACAAAACGGGCCUGGGAAGCAGAGGCAAAGAUAUCCGAAUCACACAUGCGGAAAAAGACAGGAAUGUUGACCCGCAUCCACAAACUGUAGCCGUCUUCCUUCCUCCAAAAAAUGUUCCUUCAACUCCAGAGAAAAGUAACAUGUCCUCUUUGGUUGUCUCUCAAAAUGUCUCUUUGCUUGACAAAACUGACUUUGAGCUUCUCACGGAACAGCAAGCCUCCAGUUUAACGUUCAAUCUGGUGAGAGACACUCAAAUGGGAGAAAUCUUCAAGUGUCUCCUGCAAGGAUCCGACUUGCUAGAAAGCAGUGGCAUCACUGGAGACAGCACAGCGUGGUCCCUCGGUACACCGAGGAAGGAUGGAGAGAGACUUAUCAGCAUCACCACUCCAACUAAAUUUGACUCUCCGUCUAAGCUGCUGUCCCCGACCAAAUUUGAUACUCCCUCAAAACUUAUUGCGACGUGGUCUAGCAUUUCGCCUCGCAAGAUGACUUCUCAGCAGUCCAAACAUCAGAUCCACUUAAAUCCGGCUUUAUUUGAUGAAAGUUGCUUGUUAGAAGUGCCAUCAGAGAAUAGAGCAGUGCUGCAGUCUACACAGAGGUCGUACUCCAUUCUAGCUGAAGACCUAGCGGUCUCCCUCACCAUUCCAUCACCUCUCAAGUCCGACAGCCACCUCAGCUUCCUACAGCCAUCGAGCAUGCACCUCAUGUCCACUCCAGACAGCGUCAUCAGCGCUCACAUAAGUGAGGACGCUCUGCUGGAAGAGGAAGACGCAUCGGAGCAGGACAUUCACCUGGCCCUCGACACCGACAACUCCAGCUGUGGCUCCAGCAGCAGCAGCGAAGUACUCGCCACACCUUUCGUGUUCAAGCCUGACCUGCCCAUGCAGGCACUAGUGAUGGAAAGGUCCAACGAUCAUUUCAUCGUGAAGAUUCGUAAGGCGGCCACAUGCGCAGAUAUCACGCUCACUGAUGAUGACAGCUUUAGUCGCACACUAACGGAAGAAGACCAGCAACAUAGAGAAGAUGACUUGGAAACUAAAGACGGUCAAGCGUGGGACAAAUCGCAGAAUUCAAAUGCUGCUGGGAUCUGUCAGGCUGCCACCGAUGCAGAUAUCCAUCUCUCUCAACAUGAGAACGUAACACUAACAAAAGAUUCAUUCCACAAAAAAGGUUGUUUUUCUGAGGAUUCACAGAAACUGUCAGACUCUGUGAAAAAUCAGCCUAAAACUUCUCCAAACAACAAUCUGCACAACGGUGCUCAAAGCUCUGAUCCUACCUUUGGACAGAUCAAUCACGAGAUCACAGUCACUGCUGAUGAGAACGCAAGUCAAACAUGCCACGGAGGAGAAGACGUGACGGCUCAACAGGAAAGGAUCGGUUGCUCUGUGUCACAUAACAGUCCACUUCACCCCGCUGAAACCUCUGAAACGGAUCAAAGGAGCCAAGUGUUGUUCUCACAUGUUUCAGACUCUGAGAGAGAUGAAGUGGUGCUGUCAGAGACAAGUGUCCCCAUUGCAGAGGACAUAAGCAACACAUCAGAGAAAGGCCAAAAGGGUUGUGACAAAGGUAGAAAACGGAGGAAGCACCAAGAGAAAUCAAAAGCCAAGCGGUUCAGAGAGGAGGAAGAGGAGAGCACAGAAGAGAUGAAGAAAGACGAUAGUGAAUCCAGAUCCUCCCCAACAUCUCUGUCCCCCAACAGCCUCCAUGCCAAGAAUGUCAUCAGGAAGAAGGGCGAGGUGGUGAUGGCAUGGACCAGAGAUGAAGAUCGAGCUAUUCUGAUGGACCUGAAGACAAAAGGAGCUUCACGAGAGACUUUCUCUGCCUUGUCAGAGAAACUUAAUAAGCCAUCAGGACAGAUUGCUCACAGAUUCUACCAGCUCAUGAAGCUAUUUAAGAAGCAGGAGAAGAUGGACUCUUGAUCCCUCUGACCGUGUUAUUGCAGUGGUUCUUGUAUUUCCACACCCACACACUGUGGCACCAACACAGGCGUGUUCAUGUGACAAGCUGCUGGAAGAAGUCAUCACAGGAUGGAUCCCCACAUAGACUGGAACCCUGCAUAGUCCCACCAAUAAAUAUGUGAGCAGCCGUUUGUUUUUUAAAGGAGUCAUGAAUCCAGUCUCUGUCCGUGAAGGUAUUCUGUUGGAUAUUGAACUGGACCCGUUCGUACUGUCCGAAAAGAAUCCAAACAAGUGGGAAAAAUAAGGACCUUUCCUCAGCACAACUGACGAGAUGGAUUGAUGUGAACGGUUAUCAGUGUUAUUGUUUUUGAUGCACUUUUUGGUGUGGAUAUGAUGUCUGGUGCAGUCACUCCUUCAGUAUCAGGUGUGGAUGUGAUGUCUGGUGCAGUCACUCCUUCAGUAUCAGGUGUGGAUGUGAUGUCUGGUGCAGUCACUCCUUCAGUAUCAGGUGUGGAUGUGAUGUCUGGUCCUCACAGUGCAGCAUCUGGAGUAUGCUUUCCUUUCUCUGCCUGUGCAGAUAGAAUAGUCUCCUCAAGCUCAUCUUAUGUCUAGUCCUAAACUUAUGUUUGUCUCGAUACAGUUGGGAAAACUGCCUUCGGACUAUGAUACUUUCAUACUAGGUUCCAGAGCAAGUAUGCUCAAAGGAUCCGAAAUCAAGUGACAUUUUUAGUUCCUAAAAAGUAAUGGUUGCCCUCGGAAACACCUUGAAGCAUCAGCCAUCAGUAGACCUGGAUCUGUGGGAGUGAUAGAUAGAAUGAUUGAUAGAAUUCUGUAUGUGAUAUCUAGCAUCUUAUUUUAAUGGAUGUACUUGUAUGGGUGGGGGGGUGCUUGAAAUAUUUGAAGGUUGUUAAAAUGUUUACAUGUCCAAUUCAUGUACACCACAGUACAUGUAUCUCUGUUAAUACAAAUGAUUCAUCCAUAUCACAGAAUGGAAUGCAAUACUGUGUAGUUCUUUACUGAAAAUAAAGUUUUAUUUAUUUA